GAUGGCGAUGACGAUGAUGAUGGCAAUGAUGAUGAUGAUGAUAAUGACGAUGACGAUGAUGAUGAUUAUGACGAUGACGAUAAUGAUGAUGAUGAAGGUGAUGGAGAUGGGGAUGAUGAAGGUGAAAGUGUUGGGGAUGGGGAUGGAGAUGGAGAUGGCGAUGGAGAUGGAGAUGGUGAUUGAGAUGGAGAAGGUGAAAGUGACGGUGAUGGUGACUGGGAUGACGAUACUGAUAGUGAUCGUGAUGGGGGUGGGGAUGAAGAUAGGGAUCGGGAUGAGGAUAACGAUGAUGAUGAAAAUCAUUAUCAUCAUCAUCAUCAUCGUGAUAACAACGAUGACAAUUAUGAUGACGAUGCUGAUAAUGAUGAUGAUGAUGAUGAUAAUGUCGAUGAUAAAGAUGAUGAAGAUAAAAGAUGA